GCAGCACUGAGGAACUUGAUCUUUUAAUCCAAGAUGUCAAGUCUGAUGUCUCAGAGUUUGGUGACGUAUGUGGAAGAAGAAAAUGUUCCUGCAUUGAAGGCAUUUCUUGAGAAGUGCAAAGAUGUGGAUGAAAGGAAUGAGAAUGGACAAACUCCACUGAUGCUUGCGGCCGAGCAAGGCAAUUUAGAAAUUGUCCAAGAAUUGAUAAAGAAAGGUGCUAACUGCAACCUGGAAGAUUCGGAUAACUGGACAGCUCUUAUCUCGGCAGCUAAAGAGGGGCACAGCUCCGUUGUGUCGGAGCUACUUAACUGCAAUGUGAAUUUGGAACACCGGGACAUGGGUGGCUGGACAGCUCUGAUGUGGGCGUGCUACAAGGGCUGUACAGAAGUAGCUGAGCUGCUUCUUGAAAAAGGAGCUAACCCAAACAUCACUGGUCUGCAAUACAGUGUCUACCCCAUCAUUUGGGCAGCAGGACGGGGCCAUUCUCGCAUAGUGCAACUCCUACUUCAGCAUGGAGCUAAGGUCAACUGCUCUGAUAAGUAUGGUACUACACCACUGAUCUGGGCAGCAAGAAAGGGCCAUCUGGAAUGUGUGAAAUAUUUGCUGCAUACGGGAGCAGACGUUGAUCAAGAAGGAGCUAAUUCCAUGACUGCACUUAUUGUAGCAGUAAAAGGUGGUUUUACAGACUCGGUAAAGGAAAUUCUGAAGCGGAAUCCCAACGUAAACUUAACCGAUAAAGACGGGAACACAGCCUUGAUGAUUGCCUCUAAGGAGGGCCACACUGAAAUUGUGCAGGAUCUCCUAGAUGCGGGAACCUACGUGAACAUCCCUGAUAGGAGUGGAGAUACUGUACUGAUUGGGGCUGUCAGAGGGGGCCAUGUCGAGAUUGUGAGGGCCCUGCUUCAUAAGUAUGCUGACAUAGACAUUAGAGGUCAGGAUAACAAAACGGCCCUGUAUUGGGCUGUUGAGAAAGGAAAUGCUACAAUGGUAAGAGAUAUCUUACAGUGCAAUCCGGACACCGAAACAUGUACAAAGGAUGGAGAAACACCUCUUAUAAAGGCCACCAAGAUGAGAAAUAUUGAAAUAGUAGAACUUCUGCUUGACAAAGGAGCUAGAGUUUCUGCCGUAGACAAGAAAGGAGAUACUCCACUUCAUAUUGCUAUUCGAGGGAGAAGCCGCAGGCUUGCAGAGCUGCUUUUAAGAAACCCUAAGGAUGGCAGGCUGCUUUACAGGCCCAAUAAAGCAGGAGAGACACCUUACAACAUAGACUGCAGCCACCAGAAAAGCAUUUUGACUCAAAUAUUUGGUGCCAGACAUUUAUCGCCAACUGAAACUGAUGGUGACAUGCUGGGCUAUGAUCUUUAUAGCAGUGCAUUGGCUGAUAUUCUUAGCGAGCCAACCAUGCAGCCGCCUAUCUGUGUGGGACUGUAUGCUCAGUGGGGGAGUGGGAAAUCUUUUCUACUGAAGAAACUUGAAGAUGAAAUGAAAACUUUUGCUGGGCAGCAGAUCGAGCCUUUGUUCCAGUUCUCCUGGCUUAUUGUACUCCUUACGCUUCUGUUAUGCGGAGGUCUUGGUUUGGUACUGGCAUUCACAGUAGAUGCCAAACUUGGCAUUGCAGUGGCACUAAGCUUACUGGCACUACUGUAUGUAUUUUUUACUGUGAUAUAUUUUGGUGGCCAAAGAGAAGGUGAGAACUGGAACUGGGCCUGGGUGUUGAGUACAAGGCUGGCAAGACACAUCGGCUACAUGGAGCUGCUUCUUAAACUCAUGUUUGUCAAUUCUCCUGAGCUGCCAGAGCAGACGACAAAAGCCUUACCAGUCAGAUUUUUAUUUACAGAUUACAAUAGACUGUCCAGUGUAGGUGGAGAAACGUCACUGGCUGAGAUGAUUGCCACGCUCUCAGAUGCCUGUGAGAGAGAAUUUGGUUUCUUAGCAACCCGGCUUUUUCGGGUGUUCAAAACUGAAGAGACUCAAGGUAAAAAGAAAUGGAAGAAAACCUGUUGUCUGCCAUCCUUUGCUAUUUUCCUCUUCAUUUUGAGCUGCAUAGUUGCUGGGAUCACUCUCCUGGCCAUUUUUAAUGUGAAUCCUGAGAACAUGACCGUGAAUGCGAUCCUGAUAUCGUUUGUAUGUGUUGUGGGUUUGGCCUUCAUCUUGAACUGUCGCACGUGGUGGCGAGUAAUGGAUUCAAUCUUGAACUCCCAGAGAAAACGGCUUCAUAGUGCUGCUUCAAAGCUUCACAAACUGAAAAGUGAGGGGUUUAUGAAAGUUCUUAAAUGUGAAGUGGAGCUGAUGGCAAAAAUGGCAAAAACCAUUGAUGGCUUCACUCAGAAUCAAACCAGGCUUGUGGUGAUAAUUGAUGGGCUGGAUGCAUGUGAACAGGACAAAGUUUUGCAGAUGCUUGACACAGUUCGAGUCUUAUUUUCAAAGGGCCCUUUCAUUGCUAUUUUUGCUAGUGAUCCACACAUCAUCAUAAAGGCGAUCAAUCAAAAUCUGAACAGUGUGCUACGCGAUUCAAAUAUAAAUGGGCACGAUUACAUGAGAAAUAUAGUCCAUCUGCCUGUCUUCCUUAACAGCCGUGGACUCAGCAGUGCUAAAAAGAUGAUGGUAGCUUCAACCACAAAUGGAGAUAUUCCGUACACUGAUGGUUCAGCGUUCCAUGACGAUGUCGAUCGGAGGGUUUCACAGAACAGCCUGGGAGACGUGACUAAGCUCGGAAGCAAAACAGCUCUCAACCGACGGGAUACCUACAGAAGACGACAGAUGCAGCGUACUAUUACACGUCAAAUGUCUUUUGAUUUGACCAAGCUGCUAGUUACAGAAGACUGGUUCAGUGAUAUCAGCCCGCAGACCAUGAGACGCUUGCUCAAUAUUGUUUCUGUGACAGGGCGUUUAUUGAGAGCUAAUCAGAUCACUUUCAACUGGGAUAGGCUGGCUAGCUGGAUCAACUUGACAGAGCAAUGGCCAUACAGAACAUCUUGGCUUAUAUUGUAUUUGGAAGAAACUGAAAAUGUCCCUGAUCAGUUAACUUUAAAAACCAUCUAUGAAAGAAUUUCAAAGAGUAUUCCAACAACGAAAGAUGUUGAACCUCUUCUAGAAAUAGAUGGGGAUAUUCGCAACUUCGAAGUAUUUUUGUCUUCUCGAACUCCUGUUCUUGUAGCACGUGAUGUAAAGACUUUCUUACCAUGUACAGUAAACCUUGAUCCAAAGCUCCGAGAAAUCAUUGCAGAUGUGCGCGCUGCAAGAGACCAGAUUAACAUUGGAGCAAUCCCAUACCCCCCGCUGCCUUUACACGAUGCGGCUCCUAGAGCAUCAUCAGUCUUUAGCCAGCAAUCAUCAGCCUGCUCUUCAACGCAUUCCUUUAACGGGCCUUUCAAUGGAGGAGUAGUAUCACCACAACCUCACAGCAGCUACUACAGCGGCAUGACAGGACCCCAGCAUCCAUUCUAUAAUCGACCAUUCUUUGCCCCAUAUGUUUACAUGCCAAGGUAUUACCCUGGCAGUUCUCAUCUCAUCUCACGUUCAUCAAUAAAACCGAAUUUGUCCAGAGAUCAGAGUCUAGAUAUGAUCAAGGAGGAUGUUGAUGAGGGGCUUCCUUCACCCACAGACCCCUCAAUGCAGUGUAAAACUGGGUUAGACAGAGACAGGUACAGAGCAAUCCCAGGGUCGAGCUCAGGAGUGCCUCACGUGCCUUUGAGCUCAAUGACCGUUGAUGCUGUGUGUGAGAAACUGAAGCAGAUAGAAGGGCUCGACCAGAGUAUGGUGCCUCAGUACUCUGCAACUAUAAAGAAGGCAAACAUAAACGGUCGUGUUUUAGCACAAUGUAACAUCGAUGAACUGAAGCGAGAGAUGAGCAUGAAUUUUGGUGACUGGCAUCUUUUCAGGAGCACAGUACUUGAAAUGAGGAAUGCAGAGAGUCAAGCGGUCCAUGAAGAUUCUCGUGCGGCAGCCGAACUUUCCAAUCCCCACAAUGAUCUUGCUCGUCGCCCUGCACUGAACAGCGAGUUGCCCCACACGGAACUUACGGGCCUCUCUGGGCAACCUCCCUAUGGUCUCAACUUCAGCUUUGAAGAACUGAACACUAUUGGUUUAGAUGAGGCCCCUCCGCGUCACAGUAACCUGAGCUGGCAGUCACAAACUCGAAGAACUCCAAGUCUUUCAAGCCUCAAUUCUCAAGAUUCUAGUGUUGAAAUUUCAAAGCUUACUGAUAAGGUACAGGCAGAAUAUAGAGAUGCAUAUAGAGAAUAUAUUGCUCAAAUGUCUCAACUAGAAGGGGGUGCAAGUUCUAGUACAGUGAGUGGCAGAUCUUCUCCACAUAGCUCGGCAGCUUUUUAUAUGGGCCAGAGCACGUCAACCGGCUCCUUGCAUUCCAGCGUUGAGCAAGAUAAGGGAAAGGACGCAGAACAGAAACAAGACGAUGGAAGGAAGUCUUUCUUGAUUAAACGGAAUGAUGUAGACUACAGUACAUCAGGCGUGUCUACUAACGAUGCAUCUCCAUUGGAUCCCAUUACUGAAGAAGACGAAAAAUCAGAUCAGUCAGGCUCCAAGCUUCUGUCGGGGAAGAAGUCUUCAGAAAGGACCAGCAUUUUCCAAGCCGCAGAUCUAAAGCUGAAGGGAGUGGCUUUGCGCUAUCAGAAACUUCCAAGUGAUGAAGACGAGUCCGGAACAGAAGAAUCUGACAACACCCCCCUGCUCAAGGAAGGCAAAGACAAAAAAAUAGAAGGGAGAACAGAGAAGCAGCCCAAGUCCCCAGAACAUGGACCUGAGCCCAUUAGAACCUUGAUUAAAGCAAAGGAGUACUUGACCGAUGCUCUCCUGGACAAGAAGGAUUCCUCUGACUCUGGGGUGAGAUCCAGUGAAAGCUCUCCAAACCACUCCCUUCAUAAUGAUGGAGAUGACUCACAGCUUGAAAAAGCCAAUCUCAUUGAGCUGGAAGACGAUGGGCACAGUGGAAAAAGGGGAAUCCCUCAUAGUUUAAGUGGCCUUCAAGACCCAACAUUGGCCCGUAUGUCGAUUUGCUCAGAAGAUAAGAAAAGCCCUUCAGACAGUAGCUUAAUAGCGAGCAGUCCUGAGGAGAACUGGCCGGUUUGCCAGAAAGUUUACAAUUUAAACAGAACCCCCAGCACAGUCACCCUGAAUAACAACAGCGCCCCGGCCAACCGAGCUAAUCAGAAUUUUGAUGAGAUCGAAAGCAUCAGAGAGCCUCCUCAAAUCAUUCUGCGCCCUGGAUCAAGUUCUAACGCAGUCGCAGUGCAGAAUGAUAACCUGAAAGGUGUGGGCCUCAAGCGAAGCCAGCGUUCAAGUUAUGCCAGGCUUUCAAAAGAUUCUUCUGAGCUCCUUACUGUUACUGGCUCGGAUGCUGCAGGCUUUGGGGAAGAGAGGGAGAGUAUUCUUUGAGAGGUGCAAGUUCAUACGGCGUGCC